AUGGCUCCGACAACAAAAGGCUCGAGAACGGUCGUUAAGGGCCACAUAACAAAAACAAUCAACCUAAUCAAUGGGUUGAAAGCUGUGAUGACGCAAGAAGAGCUCAGCAACCUAGAAAUAUUGGAAACUAAGCUUAAAGGAUGCUUCGAAACCUACAAAGGGUACUCAACAGCAAUCCAAGACGAACUCAAUGACGCGGAUGCAGACCAGGCGGAAUACGACGCCGAAACUGACAUCACGUACCAAACACAAGAUGAGGCAGCCAUAACCCGCGACAUAAUCACACAAGUGAUUGCAGCCAUACCUACGCCUCAAGCGCCAGUGGUUCACGUAACCGCAGCAGCUCCGCCACAAUCGACACAUUCGAUGAGACUGCCACAAAGGCAAAUUAAACAUUUCAAAGGGGACAUUUUAGAAUGGACCCAAUUCUGGGAAUCGUUUAAUGCGGCGAUUCAUUCCUCAACCCUUACCAACGUUCAAAAGUUUGAUUAUCUUACAGAGUAUUUGAAAGGCGAAGCUAACUUAAUGGUUAAUAAUCUUGAAUUAACAGAUGCUAACUACCAGGUAGCCAUCGACGAGUUAACAAGAAGAUAUGGCAAAAAACAGGUUAUGAUCGACGCUCACUUCAACAAACUGCAUACCUUGCAGCCAGUGAAAGACGGAAAUGAUGUUCCAGCCCUUAGGAGUUUUCAGCUGAAUCUUCAAUUGCACAUCAGUGCCUUGGAGACAUUAGGAGCCCCAACGUCUUCUUUCGGGGGACUCCUCGCAAAGCCUUUCAGCCCACCUCUAGCAACAGCGUCCCAACUAGCCGUUGGUGCUAAAUCAAAUCCAGCUCUACAGGUCAAACCCACUUUAAAAUCUAAAAGUGUUAAAUUUAGCCCUAGUUGGAUAGAAUGUGAAAGGCCUUGUAAAUUUUGCGGGCAAAUUCAUUGGCUGACAAGAUGUCCAAAAGACUUGGCGGAGAGAAAAUCAAUCAUUAACAAUUUAAAAAAAUGCGUGAAUUGUUUCGGAGGAAAGCACGAACUCAAGGAUUGCACAUCCCCCCGGAACUGCAACAAAUGUGGAGGGAGACAAUAUUCCGCCCUCUGCGACAAAGGAGACAUAAGAGUCUCCAAACCAUCAAAAUCGGCAAGCAUCGUGGCCAGCAACUCCAUCUCGGCCACUACAGCCUGCGCAAGUACGUUCGGACAGUUAAUGUUAAAAACGGCAACAGUGAUUGUCAAUGGACCAGACGGCAGCGAAACUAGAGCAAUUUUAUUUGCUGACGACGGAAGUCAUCGAUCAUGGGUGCUAAAAUCGCUCUCAUCGCAACUCAAAUUGAAAACAGUAGCGGUAGAAAAUAUCAGCACGAGAGUGUUUAAGAAAAAUGAAGCUAGCCAACCCGAAAUGACAAAAACCAUUGAAAUGCAAGUAAGGAGCACCUGA